AGCAGGAGGAGCUGAGGCGGCGCUUCCCGCCCUUCCUCCCUCCUCCUCCUCCUCCUCCUCCGCGCCCGCCGGACGGGGACAGAGCGGCGGAGCCGGGGCUCCUCAGCCGCUGCCGGGGCCCGGGGGAGCAGCCGGGCUGCCUCCGGCCAUGGUGGCCCGCUCGUCGCCGGCGGGGCAGGAGCAGGCGCGGCGGCGGCGGCCGCCAUUGCUCGCGGGGGCCGCGGUACUAUGAAGGAUGGAAGCGGACGAGGUGACGAUCCGGGAGCAGAACUUCCACAGCCAAGUGCGGGAGUACACGAUCUGUUUUCUCCUGUUUGCUGUUCUCUACAUUGUUUCCUACUUUAUAAUCACAAGAUACAAAAGGAAAGCAGAUGAGCAAGAGGAUGAAGAUGCCAUCGUGAACAGAAUAUCGCUGUUCUUGAGCACCUUCACUCUAGCAGUUUCAGCUGGUGCAGUCCUGCUUCUACCUUUCUCAAUAAUCAGCAAUGAGAUCCUGCUUUCUUUUCCACAAAACUACUAUAUUCAGUGGUUAAAUGGCUCACUAAUUCAUGGUUUGUGGAAUCUUGCCUCUCUUUUUUCAAAUCUAUGUUUAUUUGUGUUGAUGCCCUUUGCAUUUUUCUUCCUGGAAUCAGAAGGAUUUGCUGGCUUAAAAAAGGGCAUCAGAGCAAGGAUUUUGGAAACCCUUGUAAUGCUCAUUCUUCUUGCACUGCUUAUCCUUGGAAUCGUAUGGGUGGCUUCAGCACUCAUAGACAAUGAUGCUGCCAGUAUGGAGUCUUUAUAUGACCUCUGGGAAUUCUACCUCCCAUAUUUAUAUUCCUGUAUAUCACUGAUGGGAUGCUUGUUACUUCUGUUGUGCACGCCAGUGGGGCUCUCGAGGAUGUUUACAGUAAUGGGUCAGUUGCUGGUGAAACCAACAAUCCUGGAAGACCUAGAUGAGCAGAUGUAUAUCAUCACUUUAGAGGAAGAAGCAAUUCAGAGGAAGCUUAAUGGUGUCUCUUCCACAGUGGAAUACCAGACAGUAGAGUUGGAACGUGAGCUUGAAAAAGUGAGAAGCAAGAAAACAAAUCUAGAACGGAGGAAAAAGGCUUCUGCUUGGGAGAGGAAUUUAGUUUAUCCAGCUGUCAUGAUAUUGCUCCUGACUGAGACAUCCUUUUCAGUUCUUUUAGUCGCUCUCAACAUUCUUUACCUGUUGGUUGAUGAGACUGCAAUGCCAAAGGGAUCAGGGGGACCUGGAAUAGGAAAUGCCUCCUUAUCCACCUUUGGCUUCGUGGGAGCAGCACUUGAAAUCAUUUUGAUUUUCUAUCUUAUGGUAUCUUCUGUCGUCGGCUUCUACAGUCUUCGUUUUUUUGAGAAUUUCACUCCCAGGAAGGAUGACACAACUAUGACAAAGAUAAUUGGAAACUGUGUCUCAAUCUUGGUGCUGAGCUCUGCUUUGCCAGUGAUGUCAAGGACACUGGGAAUCACCAGAUUUGAUCUCCUUGGAGACUUUGGAAGGUUCAACUGGCUGGGGAACUUCUACAUUGUGUUAUCUUACAACUUGCUCUUUGCUAUCAUGACAACGUUGUGUCUGGUCAGAAAGUUCACGUCUGCUGUGCGAGAGGAGCUCCUGAAGGCAUUAGGAUUAGAUAAACUUCACCUAUCAAACAAUCCAAGAGACUCGGAGACAAAGCCUUCUGCAAAUGGCCAUCAGAAAACACUGUGAUAACAAUCACCUGCAAUCAGCAGAGCUGAAAACACCAACCUCAUGGCAUUCCUGUCAUCUCAUCAGCAUUUUUAUAUUGCUUUUAGUUGUUAGUUUGGGUUGAGCCUUGUCUCAUUUUGAUGUUGUGUGCUUCGGAGGAAGUUAGGUGUAUCGAAUUCUUCUCUUUCCAGUGAACUUUUGGUCUGCUUGUUUAUUUCCCAGGAAGUUAAUGCAGGAGGUGCCUUGAAGACUGGAAGCUGAAGAGAAAAAUGCAUUCCUUUUUAUUUGUUGACAGUUUCACAUCUUUAUUUUUAGACUUGCUACCAUUUGAAUGCACAGUACCUCCUGUGUUAUACAAACACAGCUAUAAAGAAUAACUUUGGGACUUGAUUAAAAUAAAAGAAAAAGAAGAAAACAUACACUUGAAGGCCAAUAUGACCCUCACUGGAAAUGUAAAGUAGCUGGAGUAGGUACCCAUGACAGGAGAUGAACAGCUCUACUGAGAGUGAGUUAAAAAGGACAGGAGAGAUCCCCGUGCUGGAUGCAGUAGGCUGUGUCAUGGUGCCUUCUCAGCAGGCCAGUGUGUUUUCAGCUCUCUGUCCUUAGCUCCAGAUGCCAGCUUGCUUUACUGGUGGUCAAACAAUGUCUUACAGAAGUCCAAGAUGAAGAUUAACUUCAGUGUUCAAUCUGAGCCUAGUAUGCUUUGUAAAAAGCUGUGUAGAUCCUCUGUCUCAGCUCUCAGUUCUGUGAGCUGUUGUGCCCUGGAGGUCCCUUCCCCUACCCAAGACCCUUGUGAAAUUUUUGAUGAGCUACUGUGUGUAAGCAGUACCUGGAAUCAAUGCAAGGAGCACAGGCCUAGGAGGCUGCAGUUGCAGUUUUCUACAAUCUUUAAUUUGAAGUAAAUUUCUCUGAGUUUAUACUUCAGUUACCAGGAUUUCUGUUCAGUGGCAUAACCCAGUUAUCUGUCGCUAGCCUGUUUUUUAAUGUACACGUGUUCAUGUAUAUAGACCUAUAUGUGUAGAUAUCAUAAAUUGAGUUCUAAGGUUGUAGAGAUGACAGUAGGUGGUUUGGUAAGUAAAACGUGUGUGCAGUCUUGGUAGUUUGAAUUGCUGAAGUGUUGAACUGCUCAGAGGCCUUAGAUUCAAGAUGGCAUCAGUGGGUGAUAAUGUCCUUUCUUGUAGCAUUUCCUUGCAGCCUUAGGAAUCCUUUAAGCAGUUUAUAGUAAAGAAAAAUACCAAGUAAGUAUUCAAAAAUCUGGUUGCACUUUUGUCCUGCUCAGCCACAAGUAAUCUCCAAACAGACUGGAAUGGGGACACCUCAGUGAGUGCCCCUUCACGUGGGGAACCAGAAAAUUUUCCUGUUCAGUUCCUAUUUCUGUGAAACAAGUCCGCCUGUCUGUAGUUUGAGGUCUUAUAUUAAUUGGUGACAACUUGGUUUCCAGUGUGGUUCCAAACUAAGGUAAACCUUGCGUCAGAAACUCUUUGGCUUUUCUCUUGAGAUGACUGCUCUGGGCUGUACACCUUAUUGCUGUAUGUGUGAAUGUCUGCUUGGUUUUUUUUCCCCUGAAGUGCUUCAAAAGUCAUGCUCCAGUGCACAUGAGGAUUUAUCAUUUUUCAGCUGCCUUUUCUGACUUGAACUGGGGCAUGAUGUAAAUAUUUCUGUAGUAAAUAUGAUGCUAGAGGAUUACUUUUUUUUGUGUGUGUGUGAUCAGUAUUAAUUUAAGGUUUAUUGAACUGACUAUUGAUGUGUUGUGUCAAGUCUUGGAAGAAAAAGUAAAAUUAUUUGAUUUCA